CGCCUGGCUUCAAACACUGAGCAGCAAAGCUAAACGGAGCGGAGUGACAGCUUUUAACUUAUCUACAAGUAGAUUUAAGUUUGGAGAGGAAAGGAAUUGGCAGUGUCUCGCAGUGAUCCGUAUUCCUGGUUGUCAUGAGAAUAACAGACAAGUCUUAAGACUGAAGUCUACUCAAGCCGGUGUUGGAGAAGCAGAGAAGUGGAUUAUGGCGAAAAAGAACAGUCACAAAGAUACAUCAGGGGUGGAGUUCGACACACACUCCAAAAUGGUCAUGUCCCAAGGAGGAACAUUUGAAAGGAUGAAAGAAAAGAUCAAUGCAGUGAGAGCAGUUGUUCCUAACAAGAGCAAUAAUGAAAUUGCCCUUGUCCUGCAGCACUUUGAGAACAGUGUGGAUCGGGCUGUACAGGCCUUCGUCGAAGGCAGUGCAGUAGAGAUCCUAAAGGAAUGGAAUGUCACCGGUAAAAAGAAGCCUAAGAAGAAAAAGAAGCCCAAACCCCAGCCGGAAGCCCCGGUAGAUCCUGCCCCUUCUGAAUCCGUCUCGUCCCCAGAAACGGAGUGUGCAGGGGCUGUUAAUGGUUUCCAUGCCAACGGUUCAGCUGGUGCUGAUGGUGAGUCUCUGGACUCCUUGAGCGAACAGCUGGACUCUGCUUCGUUAGACGCAGCUGAGCUCGAGUUGGAACCUGUUACGACCACGCUCCCCAUCACAAGAGGAGAAGCAGAAUCUCAAAAAAGCUUGGCCCCAGCUCCAAGUCCAGCACCCCAGCAAAACACCAGACAGAAUCAACAUGGUUCACGAAGCAACAAAUCUCGCCCAAGACCUUCUACCAACUCUCAUAAUGCAUCUCUGGCUCCUCUUUUUCCUCUUGAUGAUGGCCAAGGUUCAUCCUCAGGCAAAAAGAUUGCACCUAACAUUGACCGCUCAGUGAAGGAUCUCCAGCGAUGUACUGCAUCUCUGACACGAUAUAGAGUGGUAGUGAAGGAGGAGAUGGAUUCCUCUAUCAAGAGGAUGAAACAGACCUUUGCUGAGCUCCAGAGCUGUCUUAUGGAUCGAGAGGUGGCUCUGAUGGCUGAGAUGGAUAAAGUCAAAGCAGAAGCCAUGGCUAUCCUGGAUAAGCGUCAGAAGCGAGCGGAGGAGUUGAGGAGACUCACUGACAAGUCCGCCUCCAUGUCUGAGGAGCAGCUAACAGAACUCCGUGCAGACAUCAAGCAUUUUGUGAGUGAGAGGAAGUAUGAUGAGGAUCUAGGAAAGGCUGUUAAAUUCACUCAUGACCUGGAACCUCUGAAAGCCAGUAUCAUGGGGUUCGGAUCAGUGUAUCAUCCGCAGACUGGCUACUCCAACCGCUCACGCUGUAGUUCCACUUCUUCUUCUGUCACGAGCUCUGUCACUGUAGAACCCCCUGCCCCACCUCAAGCUCAGCCUCAAGCUUCUGGAUACACAAGUCGCCCCAACGUCCCACACAAACAGGUGUUCCAGGGUAACAGACGUAUAUUUCAGGCUUAUCCGGGUCAGCGCCAUAACGGCAGCUCCUACUACGAUCGCAGUUCCAACCGCCCCAACUACCGCUAUUCCGGGGACCAGCGUCAACAAGGCGACCGUACCAAUGGCGACCCAUCCAACUCUCAGUUCUCAAACAGCAUGAAAGGCUCCGCCCACCCCUCUGUGUCUUCCUACCAGCAAGACCGCCCCGCCCAAAACGGGCUGCCUCAGCGGCAACCUAGGACUUCCCCAAAAAAACCCUGACACACCCGAAAUGCCCCGCACACUUCUCCUGAGUGAGUCCCUGGCCCUCUCUUAUCCUUUCUUUCUCCCACAAUAUCCUUCAUCCAUUUCCCUUGCCCACAGCCCUUUCUGAACUCCUGAAGCCCCAGUUCCCUGAUUGCUCAACUGUUCCAUAAACAUGAAGAAUAAAAAUCAAAGUUUACAUUGCUUCCCCCCACCCCCUCCCACAGUAGUAGUGCCACCUCUUCCUUUCCCCCAAUAUUCACUUGUCCCUUAGUCUUUUAUCCCUACCUUCCUUCAUGCAUUCCAUGUUCUACCAUGUUCUAGUUUUAAUUUUUUCUUAAAUUCUUAAAAAAAAAAAAAAAAAAAAGGGAAAAAAAUGAAAUGGCUGUUUCCGUUGUCAUUCUUCUCUCUUUAAGAAUUUUUUGUUUCAUUUUUUUCCUCAUUUGGGAGAGACCUACGAAUAUUUUGUUAUUUCAGUAAAGUCAAUAAGAGCUUUCACUGAUGAAUAUAUAUAUUUUUUUCAGAAUUUGUAAACAUGUAGUGCACUAUUCAUAUUUCUUAUUCAUUAUUUCUUUUAGCUUUAAAUUUUGUGUUACAUUUUGCAAUUGUUUGAUUUCUUUCUAUUAUUUUUUUAUAUAGUGCGCUAAUCAUACUUCAAGCUUUUGAGCUUUAAUAUAAAUUCUUUGUUCUUUAAAUAGAAUUUUUUUUUCUCUUUUUCUUUUAAUAAAUUUUUUUUUUUAAUUAAAAUCGAAAAGUAUGGUGUUUAGCUGAUGGGCUAUUAGAUUUUGACAUUGAUUCUAAAGUCAAUUGUUAAUCGCAGUGUUGAAGGGUAGAUAUGGUUGUAAAAAGUAGAAACACGACCAUUAGUCUCUGUAGAAAUUUAAAGAAGUGCUGCUGACUGAAUUAACGUACAGACUAUCCAUGGGGCUAAAUGUUCUGAUCGUAGUCGGUCAGCAUUAAGUUCCUACGACCUUAUGGCCAUGGUAAUUGCCUUUUUAUUUAUUGAUUUUUGCUCUUUUUGGCUUUGCCUGUGAGUGCAGCGUUUCACAGACUUGAUCACCAUUUCACCUCUACUUAAAGGCCACAGUGGUUAAAAGAGGUUAGAUCUGUGUGCCCUACUCAUUCUUCCACAGUAUGCAUGCGGUGCAUCCAAUACACCUGCCUUUGAUUACAGAACAACCUCACUUUCGUCUUUUUAUGAAGCGUCUGUGUGCUCGCAAAUACUUAACUAUGACUAGUCCUUUCACAAAUGCAUAUGCUGUAUUACUAUAAGUCUACACGUAUACCAAGUAAAGGAAUACUCAGCAGUUGUUGUUUUUUUUCCAGACUUUUUCCGAGUGCAUGUUGACCCCUUUGAAGGUGCUAAAACCGAAAUGUAGGACUUUGUCGCUCUUUAUCGCUCUUAUACGAUUGAUAUACCUCAUACGUCAGCCGUUAUAACUCCGAUAGUCCAUAGAGAAAACCAGGGUCAAGCUUUUUCAUUUGGAGUUAAGAAGUGCGUUAAAAUUAAUCUCUAUCCUGAGGAUGUGCCGUGCUGCUAUCUUUAGUCAAAGUCUAGUUUAAAAUGAGAAAUAAAUAAAAAAAACAACUAAAAAAUGGCCUAAUACCAAGUCCAAUUUCACUGCCUUAACAGUUCAACCUGAAACCUGUGUGACCGUCUCUUUUCACCAGGGGUUUUUGUAGAAUGACCUUUUUUUUUUUUCUUUCUCCAGUCUGUUUUGAAUACAUAAAGGGUUGAAACUGUUUUGAUUGGCUGAAUUUAUUUAUUUUUUGUUCCUGGUCUCUUAAUACAGUUACUGAGUGCUUGCAACAGUUAAUUGUUGACAUCUAGUCAAUCAUCUGUGUCACAAAUGACAAAACAGCACCACUGUUUUCUUCUGGAGUCUGCUGCACUUUCACCAAAAUACCGCUUAAAGAUGAACGAAGUGUCUUUGUCAUCACCUCUAACUUGGAAUCCACAUAAAACUAAGAUAUAGUUCACUUUGUUUGUGUGCAUGAUACUAAGGAUUUGUUGCUAUGGAGGAAGUCUGGAUAAUCGUUGUUCAACUUCAACCAUAAAUCCAGACGUUUCGUUUUUUUUGUUAAUUUUUUGCCAAAGAAAAUCUUUUUUUUCCCUUCUCUUUCUUUUUGUUUUAUUGAAUAUUUCUGUUUCUAAUUUUGUCUCUUCCUAAUGGGUCACCAAUUUCAGUUGAUUAUCGUCCAUUCUUUCCUUUCUUCCACAGUUGUAUCUGUACAUAUGUAUCUAUACAUUUUUUUUUGAGUCCCCGCAGUGGGACAUAUAUGUAUGUUGUAUUGUUAGGCCUAUGGUUUACAUGCAGUUGUAAAAAAUUCUAGUGUAGUUCAAUUCUUCCUGAUGUAUAGAAAACUAAAAAAUCCUGUCCCUUUCAUUUCUUUGGUUCCGAUUGAGACAACUGUAAACUCAAGUGCCUUCUGUAGUUAUUUGCCUACAUUGUCAUUUCCAUCCCAUCAUUUUCAAGUGUGGACCAAAGACAUCUUUAGCCCUUUUCAGAUUCCAGUCUCCACUGUACAGGAUCUCUCACCUCUCUGGCUACAGUACAAGCAGCACUUGAACGAAUCUCCUUCCCCUUUGUCACUGAUGGGCACACUUCUCAUUGAAUAAAAACAACUAAAAAUUGUCAAA